UUACCGCAGGGCACAUCGAUAGCUAUUUCUCAGUGGUCUCUCGACGCUCUCGUGGUUCCUCCUGCGUCAAAGCCGAAAAUGCAACUGUUAAAGUCUUUGCCGAUACUGUUCAGCUGCAUCCUCGCCUGCCGGUGCGACAACCUCUCGGUGGAACCUCUCGAGAAAAAUGACACGGCAGCACAAAUCGCGCUCGGCGAAAAACGACUCGGGGAUCAUAUUCGCGCGAUCUUGAAGCACUAUCAGCAGGAGGACCCGGUGGGACUACCUGGGGCGCCAGUGCCGGAUCCAAUGCCGGUGCCGGACAUGAAGCAUUCAUUCUCCAUGUACACAAUGAACUUCAAGCAGGUCAACGUUUACGGACUUUCGAAAUUUCGGAUCGUCCGUAUGGAGUCGGAAUUGGCUUUGAUGCAAGUGUCCGUGUCAUUGAGUAUCCGAGCUUUGGAUAUUCGGGGGCUGUACACGUUAUCGUCGUGGCUCUCGCGAUCGGCCGGGGACUUCACCGUCAAAUUGACGGAGGUACGUGUCCAAGGUGUCGCUAGGCUCGAGGUCGGGGCCGAUGGUAAAUUGCAGGCCCAGGACAUCGAUAUGGAUCUGACGUUCGAGAAAAUCGACAUGGACUUCAAGAAUCUCGGCUUUCUUGGCUCUGUCUUCCAAGGUGUGAUCAACUCUGUGGGAACGUUCAUAUUCGACAGCAUCAAGCCGUUCAUCUUGAAGGAGGUCAACACUAACGUACGGGGCGAAGUCAACAAGCAAAUAUCUCAGCUACCUCAAUACUUCCCGAAUUCUAUAUCGCCGUUCGAUAUGGCGGUCGCUGAAGCACGUCGGCAGGUCUCGCAGAUGGGGUACGACCCGUACAAGGUGAAGGAUUACAGCCAAACUGUCGGUAUAUUCGCAGUGACGUCGACGCACACUUGGGUCACCGGCCUGGCGAGUUUCUAUCGGAUGGGAAACAUCACGCUGAGCAUGGAAAACGGAACAGUAUACGCUAUGAUCGACGUUGGGACUCAGGAGAUCGAAGGAAAGACCCAUUGGGACGUGAGCGUCGUCGGUGGUUUUCUCUCGAGGGCCGGCACGGUUUCCUUCACUAUACAGUAUUUCAGAGUGCAGGUGACGUUAAGCCAGUCCUUGGAUACCCGAAAAAGGCCCACCCUCGAGGAACUUGAUCUCGAACUGGGCAACAUCCAAGCCAGGGUUCACGGAGCUGGCACCAUCGAUUACUUAAUGGAAGCUAGCAUUAAUGUACUGCCUAACCUUUUAAGGAAUCAGAUAAUGGACGCCAUAGAAGGACCUCUCAAAAGACGAAUACAAGCUGAACUGAACAAAGUGGACGUCGAGAAGUUGAUACACGAUAAGAUACCGGAUAUAGAGGAACAAGCGAGGUACAUCCAAGGUAUAGUUCCUCCGGUGGAGACUCUUCUUGAAGAGGCAAUACCACCCCAAGAUCAAGAUGAACAGCCGUUCUCGGACAGCGAGGAGAAUCGAGGACCUUCGUAAAUUAACCGAAGGUGGAAUAGUCAGCAACUGAAAACUAUUUAUGGUUAGGCGCAGGAAGACUACUUCAAUACCUUUAUGUGAUUAUUCGUAUCUAAGAUCAGGAUACAUGUUCUGUAGCAUUUUGUAAAUAUUUUUACAUUGUAUCAAAGUGAACUCUCUCUGAACGUAUUUUUUGUUCU